GAGCACACGCACACCCGAGCGCGCAGAGACUUCAUUUGUGGUACACUGACGCACACUCUCGCAAUAAUAAGCCAUGCAAAUGAGCUCGCGGGAGCCCGGCGCAGUGUGCAAAUGGCAUCAGUGCGCGUAAGCACGCCGCGCGGGUCGGUUGGAGCGUUUUGGUGAGCCCGCUACUUCGAUGAGCAACGGACGAGAGACGGGCUCGGUACACGAUUCUCCCGUCGGACUAUGCCUUCCCCAGCUCGGGAGGAAAGCAACGGGGAGACCGGACAGGCGAAGGACGGAGCAGCGGAGAGAGGCGACGACGCGGGCGGACGGCUCGUGUGCGCUCUGGAGAUGGAGAUGACAAACCGCAGCCCGCACGGCGACUCCAAAGUGGAUUAUGUCAACAACUGCGAUGGCUUGGUCGGUCGGAACUGCGGGGACUCUGCUGAAGUGUCCGUGCCGCUGUCACUUCACGGGAAGCGGACAACUCACAUGGAGGGAGACGACCUGUACAGACUGCGAGACAGAAAGUUGUUAUUAGAGGAUAGAAAGCGUCUGUGCGCGUUGGCGCUGGGCACCGCUCUGCUCGGGAUACUGCUCAUGAUAAUCCACGCCGAAAUGUGUCCCUUUGUUUAUAAACCGGGCUCAAAUGCCGCCUUAGUCAUCAACUCUUCCAUCAGCCUGUCCACUGGGUGUCUCCUGAUCCUCAUUAUAGCUUUCCAUUAUAAAGACAUCAGGCUGUUUGUCAUUGACAACCACAACCAGGUGGACUGGAGAAUUGCCAUGACCAGCCACAGGGUCCUUGUGAUCACCCUGGAGCUGCUGGUCUGCGCCAUCCAUCCUGUUGGAUCAUACUGGGAGGAGGGCCCCCACGGCAACUCCUCUUCCUCAGCUCAGCUCUGCGUUUCCAGUCACCACGGCGAGGCUCUGCUGGGGAUGGAGCUGCUGUGCUCAGUGCUGAUGUUUCUGCGGCUGUACUUGGUGCACAGAGCCAUCCUGCUGCACAGCAAAAUGCUGCUGAGCGCCUCCUACAGGAGCAUAGGCUCACUCAACAAUAUCAACUUCACCUUUCGCUUUGUUCUCAAGGUACUGAUGAACCAGCACCCAGCACGCACACUGCUGGUCUUCAUCCUGUUCUUCUGGCUCACUGCGUCUUGGAUGCUUACACUGUGUGAGAGGCAGACCCAGACCUCCACCGGCCACAUGGAAACAGCUCUGUGGCUCAUAGCGAUCACCUUCCUCACUGUUGGCUACGGCGAUGUGGCACCGAACACCAGCUGUGGCAAGGCGGUGUGUCUCUUCACCGGCGUCAUGCUGAAAAAAGGAAAGCAGGGUGUAGCCUGCACCGCCAUGCUGGUCGCAAUCGUAACAGAGAAGCUGGCGCUGAACAAAGGAGAGAAACAUGUGCACUACUUCAUGCUGGACAUCCAGAUCUCCAAAAGGAUCCGCCACGCAGCUGCUAAUGUGCUAAGAGAAUGCUGGCUGCUGCACCGCACCAACCUGACGAAGGGCAACCGCGGCGAGCACCGAAGACACCAGAGAUGCCUUCUGGAAGCCAUCAGAGUAUUUCGUAAUUUACGCCUCAAACAAAGAAAACUGAGAGAUUACGUCAGCGAAAUGGUGGACCUCCCUAAGAUGCAGAUGAUCAUGUGCGACCUCAGUGCCAAUUGGAACAACUCGUAUCGGGAGCUGGAGCAGCGCAUCCUCUCCAUGGAGCAGAAGCUGGACGAGCUGAGUCGCUGCUUCCAACAAAGCUCCGAGCUGCUGUCUCAGGUCCUGCGACACCGCAACCCAGAAAUUAGGUGACAUGGCUGCACACACACUUGUCAAAGCGACUGUAGUGUUUUCAUCUACAUCCAUGAAUCCUCUCCACCCAGAGCUGCUUCAGAUCCUUAACAUGCUGAACCACUUGGAGGACUGGCAUACCUACCAAAGAUCUCAUCUUCUGGCCCAGUGCUGAGUGCACUGCACAAUGACUCACUGCUGUAAAAUUAUACAGAUAAAAUAAGACUUCCAUUCACUGUGGGAAAAUCACUGCAGUUUGAGAAAUCUAUUGUGUUUUUCAGCAGAUGCGUUGUGUGCGACGAUGCACAAAGAACAGAAUUCAACUCAUCCACAAUAACAAAGGAUCUCUAAACUGCUAUUUGUAAGAUUCUAUUGAUGAACUCUAUUAUUGCCUUAUUCCUAUGGAAUAAGAUAUAUAUAUAUAUAUACUGUAUAUUUUACAUGUUAAUUUUAUUUUGAUUUUUCCAGUCUUUGCCUAAUCAGUUUUAGAAAACACCUAUCACAAAUCAUUUUCUUCCCAUUAACAGACAGUUCAGUGGUAUUGUUCACAAAUAGGCUCAUCAAACAUAAUACAGUGUUUAACAAUUCCUCAACCUUCUGCUUCCCUUUAACCCUCCAAGUGAAAUGUGGAUGACAUUGUGUGUUUGGACAAUUAAUGGAGAGAAGAAACUAAUCGUCAAUUCCAAAUAUUAUGGAGAGAAAACUUUAUUUAAAACUCUGUCUGUUGGAUUUCAUCGGCUUUCAAACAGAACUCACAGAUUAACAUCUACAUUUUAGGUUGUAAUCAUCUGAUGCAGGAAAAGCAUCUCGCAGUUUACACCUGUUCUGAGAACAAUUAAACUUGAGCUCAAGUUGCCUUGUUUGCUCAUAUUUUGGCAACCCAGCUGCUCCAUCUAGUGGACAUGAAAUAACAAAUUAUUUUGUACUAUUAAAGUUAAAAUCAUGAUGAUUAUAUAACAACCAUUAAAAAAAGUCCUAUGCUAUUUUCAACCUGAAUAUCAAGACCUCUUCGGUGUCUCAAAGGAGCGCAAAGUCUGAAUUGGCUAAACUAAAAACAGAAAACAAGAGGGCUCAAACUUCCAUACAAACCUCACUGAUAAGAAUGCACUUUGUGACAAAACAUUUGCAAAACUGGACUUACUUUUUUCUGGAGGAUAAACUGGAGUUUUCAUGUGUUUUAACUAGAGGUCGACCGAUAUGGGAUUUUCAAAGGCCGAUACCGAUUUUUAAAAAAAUUUUCAGCCGAUGGCCGAUAUCUAAAGCCGAUUGUAGAAGCCGAUUUUUAAGGCCGAUAUCCUUUUUUUUUUAAAAGCACAUCGAUUACAAAAGGCAAUUUAAACACUAAAAGUAUAUACAUGUAUAUAUUACAAAUUAAAUACACUAGUAGAACUCUAACAUUUAUUGAACACAAAAAGUGAAAAAAGUACAAUAACAUAAAAAAAAACUUAAAGUUUACAAAAAAUACAAUUAAAAAGUAACCUGAAAGUGCAAUUGCUUGUUCAAGUACAAAAGAUAAACAUGAUCACAAAAUAAAAACUGUAACAAAUGCUAAUUAAAUUAAAUAACGUAGUGCAGUUAAACAUUACAAAUCUUUAGAUAAACCACAAAAUAAAACACAAAAGUUUAAUAUGAAAUUGGCAUCAACGGUAAUCGCGGCAGCUGCCCCUACGGGUGCCUGAUCACAAAUCGGCUUUUUAUUUGUAAAUAUCGGCCGAUGGCCGAUAUUGAAAAAAGUCCAUAUAUCGGCCCAAAAUAUCGGCCGGCCGAUAUAUCGGUCGACCUCUAGUUUUAACUGAAUCCAAUACUGAAAACAGUUCCUUGUAGGUUCAUUUGUACUCAAAACAACAUAUAAGGAACUUACUCUCACUCUGUUUACUAUGUAUCAUUUGCACGUGGUGAAAACAACCAGCCAGGACAUGCUUAGAUUCCAAAGCUAUUAAGAAUGAAUGUGUUUUUGCUUUGAUUCUGUCUCUUGGUAACAUGAAUUAAACAAAAAUAGUGACAA